GAUGGUGGGGUGAGUGAGGUUGAGACUGGGACCUGGCUGCCAGGCUGGCCUGGGCACAACAGGAAGCAUCAUGACUUAAGUGGCUCUACCCAAAGAGGUCCUGGGCAUCUCCAGGGCCGCUCCUACAGCUGGCCUGGCCCUGUCCACAGGUGCACCAACCGUGAUGCAGCAGCCACGAGUGGAGACGGAUAUCAUCGGGGCUGGCGAGGGGCCCCAGCGGGCAGUGCCCUGGUCAGCCUGGGUCACCCGCCAGGAGUGGGUGCGCUGGUGGGCGUGCCACCUGCCCCGGAGCUGGUCCCAGUGGUGGAACACAUCAGGCUGGCGGCAACCAUUACAGCGCAUGCUAUGGGGUCUGGAGGGGACGCUCUACCUGCUGCUGGCGCUGAUGCUGUGUCAUGCACUCUUCACCACUGGCUCCCACCUGCUGAGCUCCCUGUGGCCUGUGGUGGCUGCCAUGUGGAGCCACCUGCUGCCAGCUCUCCUGCUGCUGGUUCUCAGUGCCCUGCCUGCUCUGCUCUUCGCUGCCUCCUUCCUACUGCUCUUCUCCACACUGCUGAGCCUCGUGGGCCUCCUUACCUCCAUGACUCACCCAGGCUAUGCUCAGGACUUGGACCAAUAGAAGGGCAACCCCAUCUUACUGCCUGUGUCUGCUGAGCCCUGGACUAGGGCCUGAGCCCUGUGGGGGGGGGGAGGGCAGUGGAGCCUCAACAGACCUCAGACCCCCAGUCACAAGUACAGGUGGAGGCCUGGCUUCUGGGCCAUCCUACCUUAAACCCAUGAUGGUGUCGGGGACAGGACAAAUGGUGUAACCCAGGACAAGAGGCCAAGCCACCGAGAACACCCACAUGGAUGUGGUAGCAUCACUUGGUCUCCCGGGCAGCAUCUUUGUGUCACACCACCUCAGCCCUCCCUGCUUCAGGCUUCCUGAGAGUUUCCACCCACAUACCCCUGGACUUGUCACGGAUCCUCUCUACUUCCAGGAGGAGCACAGACUCUGGAAUGGGCCUUACUGAAAGAAAGAUAGAAGGUCCUGGUCCAAAACCCUGGGGACUCACCUCACUCACCUACCAGAAAUGGGGUCAAUCAUCA